AUGCUGGAAUCCAGUGCCUCAACAUAUGUUGUUUUGAAAGUUUACGUGACGGGCCAAGCCCGUGCGCACGUGCGAGAACUGCGCAUCUACAAGCAGAUGAAUGAGGUAGAAACAAAUUACCCUGGCAGAAACUUUAUUCGCAAACUCCUCGACCAUUUUGAUAUCGAGGGCCCUCAUGGCCGCCACGUUUGUCUUGUUCACGAGCCUCACGGCACGAGCGCGGACUUUCUGGUGAAGAUGUUUCCUGGGCACGCAAUGACCCUUGAUGACAUGAAGCCAGGUAUUCGACAGCUACUUAUCGCCUUAGAUUUCCUGCACUCGGGGCCUAACACUGUCGCAGAUCUUCAGUUGAAGAACUUACUACUUCCGGGACCAGAGACAAGCUAUCUUUCCCGAUUUGAAGAAGCCGAAGUUGCAGACCCAUCCCCUAGAAAGGCGCUCAAAGACCGAACAAUCUACAAGUCUUUAGGCUUCCCUCCAAAGGGUGGACUGCCAAUUCUCGCAGAUUUUGGCGAAGCUCGAUUGGGCGACCAAGAGCACAAUGAAGAUAUUAUGCCAAAUGUUUAUAGAGCUCCUGAAGUAAUUUUAAGAUCAAACUGGGGUUACAAGGUGGAUAUAUGGAGUGUUGCCAUGGUCCUCUCGCACUCUGAUCAAUGGCAGAAACCCAGAUGGCCCUCCACCGCCCGAAUUCCGGAAACAGAGACACCUCAGGGAAGACAAAGAAGGGUUCUUGCGGUGGCUCCGGAUGGCCUUGCAGUGGAGCCCCGAGGACCGACCGACGGCGUUGGAACUCCUAUACGACGAGUGGCUGAUGAAGGGGCUAGGGGAAUGAGGCGAGGGACAAGCAAAUAG